UGACUAAUAACAGUUCGUGAAGUACAUUAUACAAGUAUUUGACAUUUCCGGAAAAGAGUUCUGCAUCUUCAAGAUUGUAUCAUCAAUACAACCAUGUUAAAAUUACAAAUACAAAAACAAAAUCUGAAUGCGGAAGGAUGCACUAUAAUGUGUAUUUUAUAUUAUGAGUUAACAUUCUAAAAUGAAGUAGUGUUAGACUCAUACAUUUUUGUUUCGGAUUACCUUUGUUGCUAUUUUUAAGGAAAAUCUUGAUAUUCUACAACUGUCAGUUUCAGAUGCAGACUAAUGGCAUGGAAAAAUACAUUUCAGAAGAUAACUAUUUCAUUAUUUGUGUUUUGUAUAAUUUUAAAUGGAAUAGUAAUCCGUGUGCCUAUGUUAAACCUCAGCAGAUCCCUGGAAUAUUUAGUCAGUAUUAUUCAAAAGGACACAAUUCUUUCAAAAGAUAUGGUAUGCAACAGGUAUCGUCACCUAUUAUGGGAUCUACACUCAGAUGCGUUUGAACAAUCCGUUGUAUAUGAUUACGUCAUUUUUACGUCAUUUGUAGCAUCAACAAAAAGGUUUGUUGUUCAUAACAAUACAAAACGAAACUGGCCUUCCCUUGGUAUAAACGUGAAAGCAGUUUUAUUCACAAACAGUCCUCAGUUAGCAGAAGAAUUUAAAAUAGCGUGUUGGGAUGUUUUGCCUGUAGAACACGUUUCCAAAUCAGGAACACCCAUCCUUAAGUUUAUGUACAUGGCAAUUUCUAAACGCUAUAACGCUACGUUCAUAGGAUAUGCAAAUUCUGAUAUUUUAUUUACAAAUGGUUUAACGGAAAACCUUGAACUUCUUAAGAACAACUCAAUGUUAAACAAUACACAUACCAUGGCUACAGGUAGAAGGACAAAUGUUGCGAAUGUAAGCACAGAAGAAGCAGGAUCUUUCAAAUCCUUAAUCCAAGUUUCGAGAAAGCGAGGGAUUCUCUUCCGUUCAGAUGCUGAGGACUAUUUUUUCACUGACAGAUCUUAUCCAUGGGACGUUUUACCGGAUCUAGUGAUAGGACGGGUUGCAUAUGAUAACUUUAUAUUGCUGCAUGCAAGGAUGUUAAAUUUUAGUACCAUCGACUUUUCCAAAACUGUUAGUGCUAUUCAUCAAAUCGUAGAUAAAGGCCAUAUGGAAGAAAAAUGGAAAACAAUAAAAAACGAACGAAAUUACAAUAAAAUCCUCAUAAAAAACAAUUUUCGAGAUGUAAAUUAUUAUGCAGGUACUACAAGUUGUUUGAGAUUUGAAACACGACGAAAAACUAACGUAACUGUAUUACAAAGGAGGCAAAAACUCCAUAAAAUUUGUUUAUAUACCACACAUCCAAAGCGUUCAAAUGGAUGAAAAAACAAAUUAGUUUUAACAUAUUGUAUUUGCUCAAAGCAAAAAAGAUCAGACACAAGUAAACCAUACUUAUAAAGUUUCUCCACAAUAAAAUAUAUAUAACAAUACAAAUUGAACGUGGUCAGGAACUAUAUGAUAUAAACAACAUAAAUGUUACUGAACUAUGCUGAAAAAAGGGGAGGGAAUGAAGAAAAAACGACAGAGAUUAGAUGAAGUAACAAAUAUUUCCAAUCUGUUUAUGAAUAUAAAAAUGUAUAAACUAAUGAAGUAUAUUGUUGCUUAAAUUCCCAGUUAUUAUCAGAAUCAAAAUGGUACUUUUAAUUGCCAACAUGGCAUUAUGUUGGGCCUUUAUGGAUAAAACCAGUCUUUAUUAACGAGCCGCUGCUAUGAAAUGGGAAAGUGUGAAGUGUAGUUAUCAAUAAGUAUCUAAUGAAAAUAAAGCUGUUUGUUUAAUAUAAAAUGUCAGACAAAAAGUCAUAUUAGCUAUGUACAAGUAUUACUUUUUUAAACCAAUUUGCCAUAAUUUAACUUGAAAAUGAAAAUAGUAUCAACUAACUCAAGUUUUGUUUCCAAUGAAAUACCAGUAUAACUUCUUCUUUUAAACUAACUGAAUAAUUUACUCAUAUCGUGUAUUAAGUACACUAUCAUUUUGACUGUUUUGUCAGAUUAAUAUCUAUAUUAAGUUCGGUUAAAUAUCGACAUUACACAGCAUCUGUUCGCUUCGGAACACAUAUGGGGAUAAUUAUUUUCAAAAUUCAUAUGUAUCCUAGUUUACACCAAUGUUUAUGAGUAUCUGAACCAUAAUUCAAUAGACCUUCAAUAACCAUAGUUCACCAAAAUGUACUUAAAGGACGACCAAUUGAUAUUUUGAGUGGGGACGUGGAUUUAGGAUAUAUGCUGGUCUGUUAAGAAUUAAAAAUUAUUCUGUAUAGCACAGGAUUAAAUUAGUAUGUUGCCCAACAAAUGAGGAACAAAUGUAAUAAAUGUGUCAUCAAAAUAAUAAAAAGUUUAAAAUCCAAUUGUAUUUAUUUUGGUACAUACUUAAGUUGCUAUUUGAUCAAAAUGGGACACAUAAAAUAGUCAAAUAGAUCUUUGGGGAACGUCGCCCCAGGGAGCAGAAGCCUUCAUGGAUGUUUUUUUUUAAUAUACUAAUAUACUAUUUUAUCUAUUUCUAUCAAACUAUAGGGGUUUAAUUUCAGUAAACCAUAGCCAGUUUACCAAGUAUGUUGCCAAUCAAAAUACAAAAAGGGGCAAAAUGAACACAUUUUAUAUAUCAAAAGAUUCAAUAUAACUUAAGUUGUUAUUAAACUUAUAUGCAACAUUAUCUCGGCAAAAUCAUUUUCCUAAUAUUUGUUAAUUUCAGCAAAUUUAACACGUUUAAAACAUAAUUUGAUUCAUCGCAUAUAUUUAUUGACAAGAAAAAUGUGGUCUUCGUUGUCAUCUACAUUCACAACGUCGAAGGGCAAAGGGUCUAAGACCCAUCUGGCAAGCAGUAAUUAAGUUAUUCAAUUGUGUGCUCAUUAAAACUAUAUUUAACAUGUGAAAUUAAAGUUUAGUGUUUUUUGCGUGACUACUCUGUUGAAUAAGAUGUGAGGCUGUUCAUGAAUGCAUGUGCAUCUUCUAUAUUUAAUAGUCUUAUUGGUUAAAGAGAGACAGACGAAAGAUACCAGAGGGACAUUCAAACUCACAGAUAGAAAAAAACUGACAACGUCAUGGCUAAAAAAUUAAAAGACAAACAGACAAGUAAUAGUACACAAUACACAACAUAGAAAACUGAAGACUAAGCAACACGAACCCAAAUAAAAACUGGGGGUAAUCUUAGGUGCUCCGGAAGGGGAAGCAGAUUCUGCUCCACAUGUGGCAACCUUUGUGUUGCUCGUGUUAUUACAAACCCAGUAAUUAGUAUAAUUCGGUAGGUACGGUAUUUCAGAUUUCGAUGGUACGUGAAAAGAAAUUAUUUUUCCAUUCUAUUAAUGAUUGCUUAUAUUUAUUUAAAAGUAUACAACUGGAUGUCAACGCUCGACACCUAUAAAUAUCUUUUUAGGCAAAUAUUUCCUGGCGUGUGUAUCAUACUGUAUAAUAUACGAGAAAUAUCGAUACCGUAUCCUGGUCUUGUUUCAAUAAAAAAAAACAUAAUUAAGAAAAUAUUCUUAGUACUUAAAUGUAUUUACUAGUCUAUUGCACUGUACAUGAAACUGUCUCUUAUCAAUAAACGCAACACUAGUCAAUUACAGGAGGCUAGCAGGGCAUGCAUACAUGACCAUUAUGAAGAAACCGGGCAAUUGUGAGAAUAACAGUCCCGUGAUAUCUAGCGAUUUAUUUGUGAGAAAUCUUGUAUUUUGUUUGCCAUAAAUUACUUCGAAUAGGACGACAAUAAAGCCAUGUUAUUCCAUCAAACCACGGCCCCAGUACUUCAAAUGUGUCAAUCUUUUAUGCCAAUGGGUGGAUUUUACAUGUAUAAAUAAAAUUGUAUAAUAAAAAAAUCAAAAUGAAGUUGUUAAA